AUCACAGAAAUCAUAUUUGAUUGUAUUACUCUCGUUCAAAAUGACAGUGAAAGUUAUCGGUGCAUAUCUGAUGUUAUCAUUCCUGGCUCUAAGCGUAUUCGCCGAAUCUUAUGGCAAACUGAAAGUAACUGAAGAUCAGUUUAAAGCUUUUAAAGGGGUAAAUCCUUGUGAAAAUUCUCAACGUAUGCGAGACGUAUGCGAUAAAUUAGUAAAACCGAAAUAUGGAUCCAAGGCCACUUUAUUAAAAGGUUAUCCACAAUGCGGAGGUGCUUAUGUUUCGUUACAAUUGAACUGCGGUAAAGGAACAACUACAGUACCGCUCACAGUACUCGAAUGUUCGUACAAAGAAAAUGAAUAUUACACAUAUGGUAAGGGUCAGGCUGAAAAUCACGUGAUGCGUUAUGAUGUUGACCCUGAUAGCCUUUGUUAUCCUUGGGGAGACGAAUCAUAUAAAUGCAAUUAACUGAGUGCUGAAACCCCGCUGAAAAUUUGCUUUUUCCAGUAAGUACAUAUACCUAUCUAAAUUUGUUACUUUUCAAACUCUAGGAACAUCACGAUACGUACUUAAUAGUAAUAAAAUUGCACGAUGAUUAAUUUUUGUUCGUAUUAUU